AUGGGCUACAUCGACGGUGACAAGUCUCUGGGCCACUGGAACAUCAACUACAACGGCACGUGCUUCCCCGAGAUGAACGGCUACCAAGGUGACACCCGCUGCUCGGAGCCGCGCAAUGACUCAACGCCGAAGACCAACACGAUGGAGCCGUACAACUACCAAAUGGAUGCUCUCUCAGCGAACUGGGGCAUUCACAUGGGCGCGUACUACGACUACGUGGCGUACCAGCUCGAGUGGGUCACCGGUGACAAUGGCUAUCUUCGCUGGAUGCUCGGUGGCCACCCUAUCUUUGAGAUCCCAGCCGAGGCCGUCGUCAACACGCCGCAAGGCGGAAGUAAGCCCAACCCGCGACUGACUUUUCCUCAUGCGUCCAUCUCACCGGCGUAA